GCUGGAAGGAAGGCAAGGAUGGCAGAGUCCAGGUCCCUGCCCACAGGGUUUGGGGAACUCGAGGUGCUGGCUGUGGGGAUGGUGCUUCUGGUGGAAGCUCUUGCCGGUCUCAGCCUCAAUAGCCUGACCAUCCUCUCUUUCUGCAAGAACCCGGAGCUUCGGACCCCUAGACACCUGCUGGUGCUGAGCUUGGCUCUUGCAGACAGUGGGAUCAGCCUGAAUGCCCUCGUUGCAGCCACAUCCAGCCUCCUUCGGCACUGGCCCUAUGGCUCAGAUGGCUGCCAGGCUCACGGCUUCCAAGGCUUUGCAGCAGCACUGGCCAGCAUCUGCAACAGCGCAGCCGUUGCUUGGGGGAGUUAUCAUCACUACUGCACUCACAGCCCAUUGGCUUGGGACACGGCUGUAUCCUUGGUGCUCUUCGUGUGGCUAUCUUCUGCCUUCUGGGCAGCACUGCCCCUCCUGGGCUGGGGCCACUAUGACUAUGAGCCUCUGGGGACAUGCUGCACCCUGGACUACUCCAGAAACUUCACCAGCUUCCUGUUCACCAUGGCCUUUUUCAACUUCCUCCUGCCCCUCUUUAUCACAUUUAUAUCCUAUCGGCUCAUGGAGCAGAAACUUGGGAAGACAGGACAUCCCCAGGUGAACACCACCCUGCCAGCCAGGAUGCUGCUGCUCGGCUGGGGCCCCUAUGCCCUCCUGUAUCUGUACGCAGCCAUCACAGAUGUGACCCUCAUCUCCCCCAAGCUGCAGAUGGUACCCGCUCUCAUCGCCAAAACGAUGCCCACAAUCAACGCUGUGAACUAUGCCCUGGGCAGUGGCAUGGUCCACAGAGGAAUCUGGCAGUGCCUGUUGCCAAAGAGAAGUGAGCAGGACUGAGCACACUGAGCCUCUCCACAGGGCUGCUCAAACGCAGGCCCACCCCUGCCACUCUGGACUGAGCUCCAGGAUGGGAGGCUGCACAAGCAGUCCUACCCUGCAGCCUCAGAAGCCAAGCUCCAGACAUACAUCAUCCACCCCUAGGCUGGACACAAGAAAGGAGCUGGGCUUAGGGCCAGAGAGACUUGAAUGUUAGUUGUAGCCCUCCACACAGAAGCUAGAGACCUCGGGAAAGUCAUUGUUCCUGACCUUAACACAAAUAAUUAAUAUGGCCCUGGCUGGUGUAGCUCAGUGGAUUGAGCAUGGGUCUGUGAAGCAAAGGAUCACCGGUUCAAUUCCCAGUCAGGGCACAUGCCUGGGUUGCAGGCCAGGUCCCCGGUAGAGGACACAUGAAAGGCAACCACACAUUGAUGUUUCUCUCCCACUCUUUCUCCUUCCCUUCCCCUCUCUCUAAAAAUAAAUAAAUAGAAUAUUAUAUA